AGUUCCCAGCUGUUUUCUUGUUCAUUGUGGCUUGUUGGAGGCACCAGCGUUUGGAACAAUGUCAACUAAUGAUACAGCCUGCGGGACAAAGACUCGGUUCGCAUGUGAUGAAUGCUAUGAUCGUAUCGGAAAUUCUAGUCUGACCUGUUUGCCAAAUGGAGAAUGGGAUAAUCUUGUACCUACUUGUCAAUACAAGAAUUGUUCCAUACUGAGUGCUCCUGAUAAUGGCUUGUUGUCAAGUUCAGACAGAGGCUGCAAUCAGUCCGUACAUGUCAGUUGCAAAGAAUGCUAUAGUCUUCAAGGAAAUGAGACUCUGACUUGUCUGACAUCUGCUAACUGGAGUCAACCAGUUGGAUUGUGUAACAGGAUACACUGUCCUUUACUGAAUUCUCCAACAAACGGUCAUAUUUCCAGCCACGAGACAACGUGCAAUACAACCACUCAUUUUACAUGCAGUGUCGAAUGCUUCAAUCUCAGCGGUCCAUCAUUUCUGACAUGUCAUUCUUCUGGUGUUUGGAACUUUGAGCCACCCGAGUGUCUUGCUGUUCAUUGCCCAUUGUUGGAUGAACCAGUAUUUGGAUCAAUGUCUUCAAUACAGACUGUCUGUGGUACAGUGACUCAGAUUAUGUGUGAACCAUGUUACAGUCUUGUUGGAAAUUCAAGUCUGGCCUGUCUAUCAAAUGGAGAGUGGAAUGACACAAUCCCCGUAUGCCAAUAUAAACAGUGUCCUAUUCUGGAAGUUCCUGAGAAUGGGUUUUUAUCUACUACUGACAGAAGUUGCAGCACGUCAGUGGCUGUGGGGUGUGACGAAUGUUAUGACCUUUAUGGGAGUGAUACAUUGACUUGUCAAGAAACUGGUGACUGGAAUCAAUCUGUUGGAUCAUGUCAAGUUAUUCAUUGUUCUCAUUUGAGCUUGCCCACAAAUGGUCACAUGUCGAGUAACGAGACACAAUGUAACACAACUACUUUAUUUUCAUGCAACGAAUGCUACUAUCUUAGUGGUGUCUCAUCUUUGACAUGUCUUCCUUCUGGGCAUUGGGACUUUGAAGUGCCCAGCUGCAACCUCAUUAGGUGUUCUAUUUUGGAAGCACCAGAUCAUGGAUCAGUACACAUCAGAGACACGAACUGUUAUGCAGUGGCUCAAUUUGCCUGUGAUCAAGGAUAUGAUCUUAUUGGAAAUUGGAGGCUGACUUGUCUACCCAAUGGAGAUUGGGAUAGCAUAGUGCCAACUUGUUACGAACGAGUAUACUUUCAUUCAACCAGUAUUUUUUCAACAGUAGCGGCCUCAUCCUUUUUUACUCCUUUAUCACAAAUGCCAUCUUCAGUUGCUUUCAUGUCGCCAACAGAAUCCCUGCCUAUGCCUACACCUUGUCACUUGAUUACGUGUCCGCAUUUGAAGUAUCCAGUUAAUGGCAGUAUCUCGACUGGAAACAAUACAUGUAAUACAACAGUGAAGUUUACUUGUGAUAAUUGCUAUGUCCUAGUUGGCCGAGUAAACCUCACAUGUCAGAUAAAUGGACAGUGGGAUGGAAAUCCACCACUAUGUACAGCGGUGUACUGCUCGCUACUGAUGACACCAUACCAUGGCAAGAAGAGUUCUAACAGCACUAACUGUCAAACAGUUGUUGAGUUUAGUUGUGAUGAUGGCUUUGUCCUUUCGGGACGAUCACAUCUUAUCUGCCAAUCUAAUGGGAAGUGGGACAAUUUGAAUCCUGUGUGUGAAGAUGUGAAUGAGUGUUUAUCAUUUCCCUGCCAGAAUAACGGCAGCUGCCUUAACACGUUUGGUAGCUUUAGAUGCAUCUGUACAGCAUACUUCAUGGGAACAUACUGUCACAUGUCGACCGGCAACAUGUACUCAUUUGGUACAUCUCAGAAUGAUUUUUCUCUACCAGCAUUAGAUGAUUAUUCUCAUGGUCCAAUUGCUAUUAGAGUCGGUUGUUUUCCUUUUGCCCGACAAAGUCACCAGUCAGUCUAUAUUUCAACAAAUGCUGUUAUCUCAUUUGAUCGGCCUUUUUUGAGUCCCUACCCACGUGUAUUUCCAGGUUUCACAUAUACAUCAAUUGUGGCACCUUUCUGGUCUGAUGUUGAUAUUCGUCGAGAUGGAAUGAUAUUCUAUAAUGUUUAUGAGGCAUCGUUUUCUACUUAUAUUGAAAGAGCUACCAAAGAUGUACGUGACUUCACUGGAGACAAUUUCUUUACAGCACAAUGGGUGUUGGUUGCCACUUGGUAUCAAGUGCCAAAUUAUCCUGACGGCUCUGGCUCAUAUUCAGAUUCACUUUCAGAUAGGCGCAACACGUACCAAGUCGUACUUGCCACUGAUGGUAAGCAGACGUUUUCCUUGUUUAACUAUCCUAGCGAUGGUCUGCAGUGGUCAGGUCGUGGCACCGCAGCUGUAGUUGGCUACACGUCCCAUGAUGCUAGUGUAUUUUACAGUCACUACUUGUCUGGAUUUGAUGAAGUUAUCAACCUUGUGUCUCAUCGUUCAGAUAAUGGACAAGUGGGACAGCUGCUUUAUCAAGUCAGCGAAGAUACCAACAUUUGUGCUGGCAAUUCGGUUUGCCUCAAUUGGUACUUUGAUGAUAUCGAUCGUGAAGGAGUGUCUCCAAUUUGGUAUUUUUCUCUUCCACCAUGUCCUUGUUCAUUAGUUCAGGCUGCAAGUGAUUGGGCGUACCAAUGGUAUCGGUCAACUUCGACAUCUGUUUGUUACGUGUCAUCGUUCCCAUCACCAUUUUAUGAUUCUCAAGUUCAGUGCUGUUAUAGCUUACCAGAAUUUGGAUUUUUUGAUGGAUUUCUUCUCAACAAUCUCCCACAAGGUGGUACUGCCAAUCGCUAUCAUGCAUCACGUUUCUCACUAUUUCAUAGCAACUUUGAUAUUCAACCUUACGAAGAUUGCUGUAUCAAGACUGACCUUUGCAAUUUGUAUUAUCUGCGUCGUCCCUCUCAGUCAUGUUUUGGUUACUUUCCACCAUUUUGGGCUUGGACCUGGGGAGACCCACAUAUUAGUACAUUGGAUGGGAAACAGUACACAUUCAAUGGUGUUGGUGAAUACAUUCUAAUGCAGACUGUAAACGAAACAUUUGUGUUGGAAGGUCGAACACGUCUGGUAGAGAACUCGAGUGCUACUGUGUUCUCUGCAUUUGCUGCAGCUGAGUUUAUAGCAAGUACUGGUUUUAGUCGGUCGCUAUUAAAGUCAAGCGUCAUUCAUACCGAGCUGAUGGACGAUAAUACUCUUCGUGUGAAGGCUUGUUGCUACAGUUUAGAAGACACUUUUGUUUCCAGUGACUCUACAUUGAAGAGAAGUUCUUGGCGUGAAUUUUCUGGGGAGUUUGCUGGUCUUGAUAAUGUUACUCGAUUGAGAUUAGAUAACAUGGUAUUGGCUCGUCCAGCUGAUAAGAAAUUAGUGGCUGUUUUCUCUUCCGGAAUAUCAGUGACUGUGGAGAUAAAGAAAGCGUUAUUGACUGUGGUCUUUGCAGCUCCCAACACUUUUAAGGGAAAUACAAGAGGUUUACUGGGUGUGUGGGACGAUGACAAGUCGAAUGACUUGACAGCUCGAAAUGGCACAGUCGUAUCCAUCAAUUCAACUGAUCGUGAAAUCCACCAUCUCUCACAGACAUGGCAAGUAUUUCAAAACGAAUCUUUAUUCUACUAUGACGAUGGGAAUGAUGUGACUACCUUCUCUGAUCCUAAUCACAUUCCAGUUUUUCCAGAUGAAGCUGUCAGCCGCUACACAGGUGAACAAAGAACUGCAUGCAAUGACGAUCCUCAAUGUCUAUUCGACACAUUUGAAACAAAUGAUCCAGAAAUAGGACAAGAAACUCUUGUUACUAAUGCACAGCUAAUUGAACAGUCUACUUCUCUGAUGAACUUUCCUCCCGUUCUAAAUGGUAGUCAUGUCUUAAAUGCUACUCUUGGUCAGACCGUGAGGUAUGUAUUCGUUGGAUCAGACAGCGAUGCUUUCAAUGUGACAGUAGAAGGUAUUCCUCCUCCAUUGGCUGAUUAUACUUUUGCAAGAAAUGGGGAUGAGUUCGUGUUUAUUUGGACACCCGCAUCAUCUGGUAUUGUGAGUCUUCUGUUUAUUGCUAAUGAUACGACUGGUUCGAGCAGUCAGCUUCAGCCACUCAUUCGUCUGUGUGCAUGUCGGUUGGAAAAAAAUGCAGUAUGUAUAAUAGCAGAUGGAGAUGGAGGAGAGGAGCAGUUUAUUCUUGAACUGUGCGAAUGCGGUAGUGGUUGGGAAGGAAGAUUUUGUAGUGUGGAUAUUGAUGCUUGUUUAACAUCAAACUGUCCAGAAGGUACUAACUGUACUGAUCGAUCUGCACCAGACACUGGUUUUGAUUGUGGAUCGUGUUCUGCUGGACUUGAGCUGGUGGCAGGCAAAUGUGAAGAUAUUGAUGAAUGCAACAAUGCAACACUGAACUACUGUCAUCAAGUGUGUAGUAAUCAAAUGCCAUUUUAUAAGUGUGAAUGCUUUCACGGAUUUAGGCUGGAUGAUGACGAUGCCAACUGUUCAGACAUAGAUGAAUGUAUAGAGGGUGUCCCUUGUCACCUAGUGUGUAACAACAUACCAGGGUCUUACUGGUGCAGCUGUGACAGUGGAUUUCGGCUGGAUAGUGAUAACAUUACUUGCAUACGUAAGUAA